UCCAACCCCCUUCCCCCAUUGUUGCCGACUUGCCGUCCAAUUCUCCUUCUCUCUUUCACAAGAAAAAAAAAAGAAGAGCUGCUUCUUUCUCCCAUCUUCACUUCUUCGUCUCUAACCUUGGGGAAUAUCCCUCUCCUGCUUGCCUCUUCAGUCCUCUGGAUCAAGCCACCAGGAAACCACACGACCAAUUUUUAUGGCUCUAAGCUGCGACCAAAACAGAUCUAGGCCACCAACGAGCUAGGAAUUGAGGACGGCAGCUGCCGGAGAGGAAAUCCGGCUGAAGGCAGAGCAGCUUUCCCAUCGCGGAAGGAGGAACGAGUGUAGCCUAGGUGCAAUCGGAGAAGACGAUUGGGAGAAGAAAUAAC